AUGACUGAUUUCAGUGAAGAAUUGGUAAGACCCACGACAGAGGAUGAACAGGGGGAACCGAGUGUGCGCUCUGGUUCGGGAAUGUGUUUCCCUUGGCUCCAGAAUCAUAUAGAAUCCAUAGCCUCUGGAGGAAAACAGGAGAAGGAUUUUGCUCAGACAACAAGCGCUUGUUUAAGUUUUAUCCAAGAAGCUCUGCUGAAGCACCAGUGGCAGCGAGCUGCAGAAUACAUGCACAGUUUUCUUCAGAUUUUGGAAGAUACGGAUAGCAACAAAAGGCAGGGUGCACCUGAGAUUAUUUGGAGGCUUGGAAGUGAAAUUCUUUAUUAUCAUCCCAAAAGCAGCGUGGAGACUUUCAAUAUCUUUGCUGACCGGAUGAAAAAUAUUGGCAUCACGAAUUACUUGAAGAUUUCCUUACAACACGCAUUAUACCUUCUGCAUCAUGGAUUGCUUGAAGAUGCAAACAGAAUUCUCACCCAGGCAGAGACAUGGCGAUAUGGUGAAAAGUCUUCUUCCCAGGAAGUGUUAGUCAACCUCAUUCAGGCCUAUAAAGGGCUUUUGCAGUAUUAUUCUUGGUCUAAAAAGAAGAUGGAAUUGUCUCAACUUGAUAAAGACGAUUAUGCGUACAACACAGCAUCCCAGAAUAUGCUUAACCACAGCUGGAAGACUUCUGUAAACCUUUGCACAUUGAUUCAAAUCCCUGGAGUUUGGGACCCUUUUGUGAAGAGUUAUGUAGAGAUGCUGGAAUUCUACGGGGAUCGAGAUGGUGCCCGAGAGGUGCUUAACAAUUACGCCUAUGAUGAAAAGUUCCCAUCAAAUCCAAACGCUCAUGUCUACUUAUACAAUUUUCUAAAGAGAGAGAAGGCACCCAGAGAGAAACUGAUAAGUGUGCUUAAGAUUUUGUAUCAGAUUGUACCAUCUCAUAAACUGAUGUUAGAAUUCCAUAGGUUACUGCGAAAAUCAGACAAGCAGGAACACCAUAAACUGGGAUUGGAGGUAUUAUUUGGAAUUUUAGAUUUUGCUGGAUGCACUAAAAAUAUAACUGCUUGGAAAUACCUGGCAAAAUAUCUCAAACAGACUCUAAUGGGGAGUCAUCUUGCCUGGGUUCAAGAAGAGUGGAACUCCAGGAAAAGCUGGUGGCCAAGCUUUCACUUCAGCUACUUUUGGGCAAAAAAGAAUUGGAAGGAUGAUAAAACUUUGGCUUGUGAGAAAGCUUUGGUAGCUGGGUUAUUGUUAGGAAAAGGUUGUAAAUAUUUUCGUUAUGUAUCAAAGCAAGAUCAUCAAGUGUUAAAGAAGAAAAUGAAGCAGAUGAAGAAAUCAGUGAAAAAAUACAGCAUUGUAAAUUCAGGACUCUGA